GAUGCAAGUAUUGGAACACCAAUGGUGCCAGAAGGAAAUAUUCAUUCAAAAUCACUGAGAAUAUUUCCAGCGGAGGUAACAAGUUAAUGAUCAACGAAAAUAUUGUGUCUUUGUAAGUACUGUACCUCCCUAAUAUGAACACGUUUUGUGAUUGGUUUUCUGAAACAAAAGUGAUCAGUUGUUAUGACUCGUUCUUUUGAAAUAUAAUUUCUAUUGUUUGUUGUAUUUUAUUGUCAUAAUCAACCAAUCACAAAGUCUGUUCAUACAGGUAUAGGGACCGACCCUAUUGUUUAUCUCAUGUUUGUAUAUUUAUUAGUGUCGACAGAGAGGCACGACAUACAGUGCUAAAUUACAGGUUUCUAUCCAAUGGAAGGUUAAUAACCAGAUUUGUGGAAAUGUGGCCAAGGUCAUAGCAAUGCUUCCAAUAAUGGUGAAGGUACUGUAGUUAGCAUCAUGAUUAUCAUUAAUUUUGUUACAUGUUGUAACUUGUACUCUUUAAUAUGUACAAUCUAUACAUUUUAUUAAUAUUGACUCAUUUAGUGAUGAAAUAGAUCUGUUUGUAGAAUGCAACUACUAGCCAGUUGCUUCCUAUAUGUCAUAAGUUAGCUUGUUUUUUCCUUUGGACAAAAUCUGAUGCAUAGAUUUCAGUAUGCCAUGAUGUGUGUAUAUUGUUUUAGUCCAAAUGUUGUUCGUUGUUUGGUUUGGGACCAAAGGAUCUAGUUGCUAAUCAUGAAGAAGCUGAGGUCAGUUAAAGUUCUUUUCAAUAGACUUUUCCCCUUUUGAGUGAAAUUUUGAUCUAGACAAGUCUGAACAAAAAUUUCAUCACAGCUUGAAAGAGCAUCACAAAAUUAGUAAUAUUCCGAAGUUUCGUUGCGAAAUGUUGUAAAAUGCGGAUAAUAUAGCCUUGCGAAGUUUGCCGUUUUUCAGUCAUUUUGCAUUACAAACGGGAAAUUGAUAAUCAGAUGAUCAAACUGAUUAUCAAUUUCCCAUUUUGUAAUACAAAAUGACUGAAAAACGGCAAACUUCGCAAGGCUAUACUAUCCGCAUUUACAACAUUUCGCAACGAAAUUUCGGAAUAUUACUAAUUUUGUGAUGCUCUUUCAAGCUGUGAUGAUUGUUGUCCAGGCAUAUCUAGAUCAAAAUUUCACUCAUAAGGGUCUAUUAGUGAGGUAUAUAUCACAGAAGAAUGCAUGCAAUCUGCUGCAGUAGUCCCCUAUCCCAUGGCAUGGGUAAUCGGAGAGCAUGGGUAAUCUGAGAUUACCCAUGCCAUGGGAUAGAGAUUCGCUUUGGGUUUGCCAUGGGGUGGAGAUUCAAUUUGGGUUUUGUUAGUUCUAUAUACUCUAGGUAUUGUAUAUACGUAAUGAUACGUACUGACGUAGAUAUGUACGUCACCAAAACAAAAUGGAGCAUUUAACAUCGUGCGUCAACAAAACAAAAUGGCGCUUCUACUUUAAAAAUAGGUACUCGUUGCGUACAAGGUGGAAGCAAGGUUUUUUUAUAGGAAAUUUCGGCAUUUUGUAUUCAGUAUUGAAGGUGAGCAACUAUAGUAUGGAAACAAUCCUACACUAAGGUAUAUAGGAUCAGAAAACUGCGGAUUGGGAGGGAUUCAAUUACCUGAAUAAACCCAAAUAAAAGUACUUGAUUUUUUUAAAUCACAGGCUUUUGUCUAUAUUUUAGGAAGGUGGAGGAUAUUUCAUUAUUAAUGGUAUUGAAAAAGUUGUUCGAAUGUUGGUGCUGCCUAGAAGGAACUACGUAUGUAUUAAACGCUAAUCAAAUACGACGCUUGUAAAACGUUUAACUGCUGUAUCAGAAAGCAACUAGAUCUAGUUUAGUUUAGCAUGUUUCUGGACUCUGAGGUGGAUGGAAAGCUUUGACAGGUUUUAUAAAUAAUUGAUAAAUGUUUUGGGGGGUUAGUUAGUUAUAUUUAGAUCAAUGCCUAAUAUUUAGUUUUUCGCGAAGACCCGGAGGAGUGGACCAACCAAACUCAACUUGGCUAUACAAUCAUGCGUUUUCCAAGCUUGCCUUUUCAAUCAAGCGAAGUAAAUCCUGUUCUUGACUUGCAAUGGCAGGCUUACUUUUACUUACUGUGACUCAAAGGCAGCUCGCCGACACGUGGUCUGGUACCAUGUCUUUCCGCAGGAGCGGACGGCGUUGGAACUAACGACUUUAGCACUAUGUAACUUUCCUUUCGUUCCUAUCCUGCGGAGGGUUUUCCUGGGUGCAAACUGGCCUUUUUACAUUAGUAAAGAUCUAAUGUAGAAUGUGUCAAUGUGUCUGUAAGGGCUGCUGUAAUUGGCGUAAAGCUGUAGCAUAUACCCUGCCAUUGAUUGAUUGAUAGUUUGUAUAUUCUUGUGUUUGUAUUUGUGCAGAUAUGAUUGUGUGAAAUUGGCAAAGCAUAAUAAAUAAAUAAGUAAAUAAAUGUGUUUCAUACCUUGGGCGUAUAGAAACUUGAUAAUUAACGCCAUGAUCAUAAUGUUUGAGUUGAAGACGCUAUACUAGUGGCUCUACACUGGGAAAGCUGAAAAAAAAGUACUUGGAUGUGGUGGGAAUUUUUCAGCUUGCUCAGUGUGGAGACAUUCGGAGAAGUAUCAUCUAAAAAAUUCUCUGAGUUGUAACGCCACAAUUAUUAUACAUUUAUGUUCAUACAAGACACGAUACUGUUGAAAUUAUUUUCUUUUUGACUUUUGAUAGCCCCUAGCAAUUACUCGUUCAUCCUGGCGAAAGCGUGGUCCUUUAUACACUGAAUAUGGAAUUCAAAUUCGUUGUGUACAGAAAGACCAAACAGGCAAUGUGAGUUUUAUAUUAUUGAGUGUACUGUAUAUAGUCUAACAUUUAUCGUAGUUCACGUGAUAGUGCCAUUCAUUUCACAUGCUCCAGAUUCAUUCUAUUAUGUUCGUCUGGUUUUAUGGUUCUGUUCCAUGACUUUAUGGAUUUCACUCAAUGCCACGAAUUCAGUCACGAUUCAAUAAAUGUUUCCCACUGUUCUCCGUGCCAUCCAGUCAUUUUAAUUAUUCACAGGUCCUACAAUAUAAUGUAAAGGACUUCUGUAUUUCAGACAAUGGUACUUCACUACCUUACCGAUGGAACAUGUUCUCUUUCAUUCAUCUACAACAAAGAACAGUUUUUCAUGCCAGUUAUGUUUAUAUUAAAGGUAUUUGAUUUGCAAGAUAACAUGAAUUAAAUAAACAAGUGUGAAUAGUUUUAACAAAAAAUAAGAUUGCUAAAUGAGAGCAUCAUGCACAAGAAUUUUUGUGCCUCUUGUAUUUUAAAAUGACCAGAAAUUACAAUAAUUACAUCGAGUUAUCCUAUACACAGAAUGGAGUGGGCAAUUAAGAACCUUUCUAACAUGAAGACAUGCAUCCCUUGACAACCUGUGCGCUGAAUGCCACAACUUUUUUGAAAUCUUCAAAGUUCAAACAUCACAAAACAAUAUGUUCCAAUAUGACCUGGAAAUCGCAGUAAAUUACUUCAUUAAAGAAUAUUCAAGUUUGAUCUCAUGUUUCAAGUUGUUUUCAUAUUCAUGUUUGUACUGUGAAGCCACCAGUAUUACAGUUAGUAUAUAUACUGCAUGCAUGUAUACAUGAGAAUUAGAGAUGCAAUGUAUAUAAUGUACUCUCCAGAGUUAUUGGGAUUGGAAGUAUUUGUAUUUUUGAAGGCUUUGUAUGAUACAACUGAUCAACAUAUUUACAAAGAACUUACGAAAGAUCAAGAAACAAACACGUUUUUAAAAGAGUAAGUUUAUACUUUUGAUCAUUGUAAUCCUUGUAUUGAUGUGAUACCUGUUUUUAUGCAGAUCUUUCCUGCUCGUAUUUUCAAUAAUAAUUACAAUCUGUUCUUUUGAUGUUGCUAAUUCAGUUGUGUUGCAACCAUGUUGAGGCAAGCACAAGAUAAAGAAGUAACGACACAAGCAAAGAUUCUGAAUUAUAUUGGUAUGAUAUUUUUGUGUGUGUUUUGGUGUUAUGUACUCAGGUGAAUAUAAUGUUUUUGAUGUUACUCUGAGUGUAUAUCCACACCGGGCAGCCUGACCACGGUGGGAUAACUUUUCAGCUAACUGCAGGCUAACUUUUCAGCCUGCCCGGUGUGGAUAUACACACAGAGUAACAUCAAAAACAUUAUAUUGGUAUGUUUUCAAUUGGAAACCAUGAUACUGAUAAUAGUGGUAAAAAUUGCAGCACGGCUUGCGACGGACCUUGUUGCAUGAUCUUGUCUUGCUGAUCUUCUUCCCGUGUAAAUAUUGAAGUUUAGAUUUGACUCCCACUACUAUUACAGUACCUUUCGCUGGCUUAGUGCAUGUGAUUGGUUAAUCGGGUAGAUUAAACUCGUCUGAUUGAUUAAUGGCCCCUUAAUUGGUGGAAAUAAAAUUUAAACCUCACUAUAAUAUCAGAAAUACCUUUUGUUCAUUUAAACUUCAUAUUUUGAAAAUUAUUUAGCAAAGGUACUUACUGUACUAAUAAUAUACAUACAAAUAUUACUCCAUUGGUUGAUUUCAGUGCAGUUAAUGUCAAACAGCAGUGCAAACAUGCAUGGCGGCCGCGCUACAUCAAAUAAAAGUUGAGUUCGAGUGGAAAAUAGGCAUGGCUUUUUUUUUAAAUGCAGGAAAAGACUUUACCUUAAAUAAGACUAACAAAACGUACAUAGUUGAGUGAAAUUUUCAAGCCCUCGAACAUUUGUGUGUAUAUUAUUAAUACGUAAUAGCCUAAUAGGAUGGUUUCUCCUGAAAUUUGGAAAACUCACUCGUACAUGUUAAUUUUAUCCAAAUUGCACUCAAAACCAUCCUAUUACCUAUAUUUAAUGCCACAAACUAAAGGAUAGUAAUUUUGAGAUGACCACUUUUUAUCCUAUGAAAUCUAUCAGUUAUUUGUACUUGUCAAAUCCAGUGACCAACUCAAACUUAUACAUACUUGUCUUGUGGCACUUCUUCAGUUACAUCAUUAGUUUGUCGUAUUUUUCUUGUAUUUAUUUGUUGACUGAUUUGUUCAUUAUUUUAGGUGAGAGAUUUCGAGUGAAGUUGGGUUUACCUGAGUGGUAUAAUAAUGUAUCAGCUGCUAAAUUUUUAAUUCGGUAAUUAUAAAAUUUUGAAUUUCAUACUGUAAUUCCAUAUAGUAUGUACUCACUUCACUAAGAGAGGAUCACCAGAGAACACUUCGUUUUGAUCAGUGGCGGAAAGUGGUGUCCACUCGGCCACACUUCACCCACGGUGAAGCACACACCGGAAAAGGGAGCAAGGUCCAUAACGGCGGGGGCCCUUACCCGCGUCCUGAUCUUCGCAUCUCUCGGUCACUUCACCACGGGGAAGCCCGGUCUGGACACGAGAUUCAAGGUCCAUAACGGUGAGGGCCCUUACUCUCAUCCUGAUGUUGUUUGUCCACCUUUUCUAGGGGCCCUUACCUCCAGAAACCGCACUUUCCAUCACCCAAUUUGGUCACAAAGUUUUGCGUGAUUUAUUAAAUUUUAAAUUUCAUACUGUAAUUCCAUAUAGUAUGUACUCCACUAAGAGAGGAUGACCAGAGAGCAUCAUCCUAAGUAUAUCUUCAACUGACUGAUAUCGAAGGAACUAGACUGAGUUAAGAAAUAUAGCCCACCCGAACCGACUUGACCUCGUAUCUAGCUCAAUUGGUAGAGGAUUGGACUAGCAAACCGAAAGUCGUGGGUUCAAUUCCCACCGCGGUCAAGCAAAAUUUUCAGCAAGGCUGGUGUGGACACGCUCAGAGAGCAUAAUCCUAAGUAAUAUGUUUAACCUAAUACGAUAUACGUGUUACAUAACAUUUCUUUUUGUUUUAUUUCAGGAAAUGCAUCUGUGUUCAUUUGGAUUCUUAUCUUGACAAAUUUAACCUCAUUGUGUAGGUUAUGAAUGUACCUAUAGUGAUCUAUAGUUUAUUUGAUAUUCACUUACUCUGAAGCAAAGACGCAUUGGUCUACAUUCUCACAGGAGGUGAUCAACAACAUGAUUUUAUUUUCCCGUUGUGUUUAGGUUUAUGAUCAAGAAGUUAUACGCUCUCGCUCUGGAAAAAUGUGCAGUAGAAUCAGCUGAUAAUCCAAUGAAUCAAGAAUUACUUCUUGGUGGACAUUUCUAUCUUAUGGUUUUAAAA